AUGGAAGGGUUGGGUGCUCUGUCUGGUGUUGUUUCGGCUGCCACGGGUGUCGGCCAGGCUGUUGGAGAUGCUUUGGGCACCCAUCGCAGCUGCACCGUAAAAAUUGAAAAUGGCAGUAGUGUCUACACAUUUGUGAAUCCCAAAAUGUGGAUGCACAGCGGCUACAACAGCCACCCUCCCUCACCCACUGUGGACGUCAAGGCAAUGGAGGUGUGUGCCUUCUCCAAGACAGCACACACCGCAACAGGGGCGGUGGGUGUGCUGACCUACGAGCUAUUCAACGAGAAGUCCUGCUCUAAUAAGGUGUUGGCUAUCAUGUUCUCUGUGCCUUAUGACUACAAUCUCUACGAGAACUGGCUGGCGGUGGGCAUUUUUGACAAAACUCAACCAUGUGAUGACACACUCUACAAUCUCAUGUACUAUAAUUCUGACCCUGCAUUCAUUCGUGCCAGGGCUGCAGACACUAGUAUAGUGUACACAUGGGAGUCAGUGGAAAUCAGGGCUGUCAUGAGCAAUGCAAGCACAGCUAUUGUUGAGGUGGAGAUUCAUGAUAAGUCCUAA